CAGCCAAGCACGGCCUUAAAUCAGAUAUAAAAGCAGUCGCAACCUAGUUCCAUCAAACCCUAAUCCUACUGCCGACAUUCGAAGAAUCGACCGAGCGAGGGCACAAGGAACGUCGAUUUUAGCAGCCGAGUGCGCUAUUGCAGUGUCGGGAGCUUCAAUCGCAUUGUUUCCGAGAUGGAGGAGAUUACGGACGGAGUUAAUAAGAUGAACAUUGCGGAAUCGCAGAAGAAAAAUCGGAUCCAAGUGUCCAAUACGAAGAAGCCGCUGUUCUUUUAUGUUAAUCUCGCCAAGAGGUAUAUGCUGCAGCAUAAUGAGGUCGAGCUUUCAGGACUUGGCAUGGCAAUUUCGACAGUGGUCUCAGUCGCUGAAAUUUUGAAGAACAAUGGUUUUGCUGUUGAGAAGAAAAUCAUGACAUCGACUGUGGAGAUGGGAGAUGAUUUGCGAGGAAGACCCGUCCAGAAAGCCAAGAUUGAAAUCAUACUUGGGAAGACUGCAAAUUUCGAUGAAUUAAUGGCUGCAGCACAAGACGGCGGAGAGGAUGGAAAUGUAGAAUAAUAGAAGGAACACAAGCUUUUUGAUAUAGUUAUGGGUGUGUCUUUAGAUUGAGAAUUAAACCGAGUCUUGCUAGUUGAUAUACUCUAUUUUAUAACUGUUGGUUCUUCUCUUCGA